AUGGAGCUUAUGGGUCACGAAGACAGUGAAUUCGAUGAGCAGAUUAUUUUGCAAAAAAUAAGAACUUAUGUUCUGAGAAUAAAGCUUGAUGAUGAAAAACCACUUGAGUUAACUUUUUCUACUCGUGAGUUUUCGGACCAGUGGAGUUACUUCCAGUAUCCUUCAACAUUGCACACUAACAUACUUGGAGAAAUUUUAAAGUUCCAGAAAAAAUGGUUGACAUACAAGAUAGAAAAUAAACACUGGAGUAGUGCAUUUUUAAUGAGACCCGAUGAGCCUUUGAUCUCUAAGAUCAAGAAAUUCUAUCAUGAUGAGUUGCCAUGA